UCAAUUAACUGUUGUGGGUCCCUCCGGAUGCAUUGCCCUUAACCCAUCAUAACCGAUCUUAACCUUAUUCAGCUACCGGCGGGGAAACGAGUAAAAAUAUGUUAUACAUAUUGAUGAUUAAGAAUUUGUGAGUUGUAUUAUUAAAUGAAAGUGGCAGUAAAUCAGAUGUGGUUGAGUGUUGCAAAUUUUAAUUAUUCCAAUUAUUUAUCCUAAAAAUAUUGUUUUGCGUUAAUGUAAAUGUUAAGAGGUACACAAAACAUUGGAAUAUGGAACAAGAUAUGAAAAACAAUUUACAUGAAGAUUCGACUGUGCUAUUUAACGAUGGAAUGCUUAGUAAAUUACGUGGCUGCAACAUAGUUCCCAGAAGUCUUUCAGAUUUUCAG